UCUGCUUGAGUUCCUGCUUCUACCUGUUGCCUAGUCAUCUGGUUAUACCAGAGCCUGUUCUGUAAUAGACAUUCUCUGGUUAUACUGUUACAGUACAGUAGAGCUAAUGGAUGGAUGACCGCUGGGCAGUAGGCUACCGUUACAGCUAGCGUACUAUUUCGUUGAGUAGCAGUGAUUAGUUGGCUAGUAGUUGACGACAGGACAUGUCGGAUGAAUGGCAUUAAAAAGCAACAACGUUAGCUCGUCAACGAGUUAGCUUGGGUUUAAAGAUGCUUCAAGCACCAUAUGGGAGCCUGGACCGGGACAAGCCGCUCAUACGGCUGCCUUUUACGCACUUUGCCGUGGGUACGGUCUUGAUGGCGCUCACCGGCUUGAUAGCCAGUAUUGUCAUAUCUUUGAUGUAUCAUUUCGAGGAGUCUACCUACACUCACUGUCAAGUGCCGAACUACCUCCCCUCAAUCAGUGCAUCCAUCAGUUUGGUGCCUGAGAGGUAUAUUUGGCGGUUCUGCAUCGGUUUGCACUCGGCGCCACGGUUCCUGGUGGCGGUCGCCUACUUUACCUUCUACCGUGGGCGUUUUGCUAAGAGACAGCUGGAUCUGCUGUUCAGCGGACUGGCUCUGCUUGCUUCAUUGGCAGAGAAUGUAGGCCUUCUGAUGUUGACAUAUGUCUCCUCAACAGAAACUUACAGUGUGCAUAAGUAUGGCUUCAUCGUGUUCAUCGCCAGCUCUUUCCUACACAUGCUCAUUACCUGCAGGCUUUGGCAGGUGGUUAAAAAGUACUCUCUGAACCCUGAGGAGAUGACGUCAUAUCGUUGGAAGCUCCGGUUGUUUGUAUUCAACGUGAUCUGCCUUCUUGCCACCUUCUAUUUCUUCAGGCGACACAACAAGUAUUGCGAACCAGGAAUUUAUACUUUCUUUGCGCUCUGUGAAUACCUGGUGGUCCUCUCCAACAUGGCCUUUCAUAUGACGGCAUUCUGGGACUUUGGGAACAAGGAAGUGAUGGUGGCCACACCCCCUGAAGACAAGCGUUUUUGAGGAGGAUGAGGGAGACUUCAUCAUUUACAACACUCCCAAUCCUGGGGACUGAUCUGCUGUGGCCAACUGUGAAAGUGUGUGUGUGUGUGUUUGUUUGUAUGAAAGCAAAUGCCAUGAUUAUUUUAAUGCCUGUUUUAUGGCAGCAACAUUCAUGGGUUUUCAGUUGUGAAAUGGGAACCUGUGAUGGCUAUUUAAAGCCUGCAGUGUGGCUGUGUGGUGACUGCUCAUCGUCACUGGUGAUUACCUAACAGUCUUUGCUGGCAGUUGUUUGUCCACAGUUCCCACACACACUCACACGUUCACCUGCUAAGGCCUAGGAAGAUGACAUGGACAUCUUGUUUUUCUCAGGAAAUGAAAACCCCUUUAAUGGACGGUUCUAGCAUGUGUUCAUCAGGUGUGACAGGUGCAUAUUUGUGAUGAUGUAUUUUAAAGUGUGGAUGGUGAGUGGUAGCAGUGACAGCAACACAUCUGGUCCCCACCAACCUGGUCCUCACCACCUGGUCCGAACCUUCUGGUCCGAACCACCUGAUAUCUUGAAUGGGGCCCCAAACUUUAAGGAUCCAGGUGUCAGGUGAUUUUAGUUAAAAAAAAACAGUAUGGAUACUGGACCAGAAUAUUCAGAAGCUGCGUUUUUUUUUUUUUUUGUGAAAUUAUGAUUUCUAACAAGAAAGAAUCGUCGGUAGCCGCUGAAAGAACUAAGAUGAUUACUCAAAGAAUUCAUUACAGAUGUUUUAGUAGUACAGGCCUGGAAUCGAAUCAAUCAUUCCAUCCUGUUUGUGAUACCAAAUAGUUGUGACGCUGUCCAACAAAAAAUAACCUAUAACCUUGGCACGCCAGGUGCUAAAACAGAACAAAAGAAUCCUAGUAUCCCUCCGUCUGACGUAUAGUAUGAACAGCUGUCCAGUUUCAUAGCAAUUACUCAACAGUUAUUACAGUGAAGACAAUUACUGCUCCAGUCAGUGUAGCACUGUCUAAAUAUGUGUCAUAGCUUUUAUACAUUUAAUUAAAAUUUAAAAAGCA